AUAUUUUUCAUUUCAAGGCAGGCCUCAUGAGGUCAAUAACAAUCAGAUAGUGAGGAAGAUUAUUAAAAGAACAUGACUUCAACACAGAUUUACAGGUUAUUUUAUUAUUUGAACUGGAAUGAAGUGAUUAAUUUUAUUGUGAUGGUCAGAUAAGAAGAACGUACUAGCCUUCAGAUUCCAAUCGAUUUUAUAUAGACUAUCCAAUCCAUGCUGAGAACUUUUAAUGCGCUCUUCUGACUUAGAAGAUAAUUUUGGUUUUCUCAGCUGCUAUAUGUCAGCUUUAUCUCGAGGGAGUGUACAAACGACAAAAAAUUUGAAUGACAUAAAUACUGGUAUAUAUGAUUUAACAACACGUAGAUUUGAAAUGACCGUUUAUUGUUGUUGACAAUAUUAAGUCACAAGAAGAAUUGAAGUUAUAAAAGUUCGAACAAGGUAUAUAAAGAAAAGUAAAACGAGGUCAGAUCGAUGGACACAAACGUAAGUUGGAGCCAGGGAGAUGUUCCUCGCGGAAUGACCAAAGCAAUAAACAGUACACACGAAUUUUACUACUAUACCAUUUAUGAAUAUGAAUCUUACAACCACUAUGAUCCAUGUGGCAAUGGUUCGGAGGAACAAAAUUACGUCCACCGCCAUAGUGGAAUGGAAAUAUUCAUUAACAUAUUUCUUCCUAUACUCUGCGUAAGUGGUAUAGUCGGCAUCAUACUGACAGUUAUUGUUCUGAGCAGGAAAAAUAUGUGCACAUCAACAAAUACAUAUCUGAUGUCCCUCGCUGUCGCUGACUUAGGCUUUCUUUGUCUUGUUGGAUGCAGAAGUCUUGAUCGUCACUUAUCCGGCAAAGCUUUAUAUUCGUUUUAUGCAUUUUAUGAGUACGCGCAGAUAUUUAUACACACGUUCCUUCUGUCGUCUGUUUGGUUAACAGUGAUGCUCGCUGUCGAGCGGUAUAUCGCCAUUUGUCACCCACUGAAAGCUAUAUCAAUUUGUACAGUCAAAAGAUCAAGAAUUAUCAUUCUUCUCAUAUUCGUUGUGUCAUUUUACUGUCGAGUUCCAAAUUUCUUCGAAUUAAAACUUGAAACAUUUUACCUUUGUGGCGAACCGGUUCGCCAAGUUGUUUUGACACCUCUUGCACUCAAUACAACCUACAAGAUCAUAUAUGCUUGGAUUAUCGACUGUGCAAUAUGCGCAAUUAUUCCAUUUCUUUUCUUGGUAUACCUGAACAUUCGACUUGUCCUUGAAAUUCGUAAAUCCACAAAAUACCUACGUUAUCAUAUUGGAAUAAACUCUAACAUGCAGAAUAUAGUCGCGCAUGAGCAACUGAAGAUAACAAUGAUGUUGGUUAGUGUUAUUGUAGCUUUUUUCAUAUGUCAAGCCCCUUAUGUCAUAUACAUAGCUUAUGUCAAUAUACACAAGUUUAGCUUUGACAAUUUUUCAAAUGACAAGAGAAAAACCUUUGAAAUAAUAAUGUGUAUAACAUUGUUUCUAUUAGCAGUUAAGUCCGCUUUUAACUUUAUACUGUAUUGUUGGUUCAGUGAAAAGUUUUGGAACACCUUCAAACGAGUAUUCUGUGUAAGAUAUUGUACAAUGAAACACUCAACGAAAAGGAAAAACCAUACAGUCCAUUCGGCAGACAAUAACGCUACGAGCAGUGUCAGAAAAACAUCUUAUCUUACAAAGGAUACUAUCUGUUAGGGAUGUUGGAGGAUUUAAGGUUUAGCGAUCUAAGGUGGACAGAAGCCGAAACUUGUAAAUUUAACACGGAUACUGACCAAUGGUCAGAAUUGCUGAAUAUUGUAGCAUAUAAUUGUCAAUCAAAAACAAGACCAUUUGUCAUAUAAUUGUUUUACUUGUCAGAACUAAAAAUUUACGUUUGGAAUUAAUAUACUUUAUUGCAAGUAUCGUUCUUAGAAAGCUUUUAAGGGAGCAAUUAUUUAAUUUCAAAGGGGAUAUCAUGGUUUUCAUAAGGUAUGAGGUAAAACUGCUUUAACAGAAUCUUUUUUUUCAUCAAAUUGGGGAUCAAAUGAUAAAAUGUGAUUAUGUUAAGGAUUUUAAAAAAUCCUUGCUUAGAUUUCUCGAAUAUUAAAACUAUGUACGAUAUAUAUAUCUGUAAAAAUAUGCCAUCUGUACAGUGUAUUGUCAUCAUGUUAUUGUUGUACAUGAAAAAGAGCUAUGCAAUGAUCGUUAAAUAUCUCAAAUUUGAUGUACAGCAAUCAUUGUUAUUGGAAAUUUGCUUCAGGAGCUGUAUAGACCCAAUAAGUGAUUUUAAAAUUAUUACGAUUAAGAUUGUUCAAGGAGUGACAAAUCUACAUGUACGUAUCAUCGCCUUUUCCUGAUCAAGAAAUUUCGCUGUGGCAGUUGCGUAACUUUUGAAUGCCCCUGUUAAAAUUACUUGCAACCUUAAAAUACAAGACUGACGACUAAUGCAUUAAGUAUAAGUAAUGUAUAUAUUAAGCUACAUAAUUGUACAAAUAAAUGUUUUCAUUGUGUAUUGCAUUUUGUGACCUGUUCCGUUAUACGGAAUUAAAGAGUGACGUUCGGCUUGACAUCUUUAUUUAUAAAUGUUGUUGAUGUUUCAUCAAUAAAAUUUGAAAAAAGUCAAAUCAUGUA